CCUGCUACACCUCCCACUACCCAACUCCGUUUAUAAACGCCCAAAAAAAGGAUGACUCUCACUCUCUGAGAAACCAAGGCAGAAAAGGUCAGAGGGAAUGGGCCUUCGAUUUCAUCUAUCUUUAUAGCAUGGACUGUGUGAGGGAAAAAGUUAAAGGAUGGGUAGUCUGAUUUUAUUUCCUUCUGUUUCUGACUGAUACCAGACAUUUAAACUUACAGUACAUGAUGAUUGGCCUUUCUUCUCCUGCCAACCCCUACUUCAUUUCACGGCCCAUCUACUCCAAACGAGCCUUUGAUGAGGAACAUGAGAGACAGAUGCUGGAAAGCAGGACCUUCAAGGAGAAAUUCACCACUUCCUGCAGAUGCUCUAGUAGCCAGGUCAAACCUGUUCUUAAGGGACUUUUCCCAGUCCUGGACUGGCUGCUCAAAUAUCCAGUAAAGCUGUGGCUUGCUAGUGAUAUCAUAUCAGGAGCCAGCACAGGAUUAGUGUGCUGUUUACAAGGCUUGGCUUAUGCAUUGCUGGUGUCUGUUAGUCCUGUAUAUGGACUCUAUGCUGCUUUCUUUCCAAUCCUGACCUACUUUUUUCUGGGAACCUCUCGACAUAUAUCAGUGGGUCCAUUUCCAGUUACCUGCCUGAUGGUGGGCUCUGUGGUUUUGACUCUUGCUCCUGAGGAGCAGUUCAUUCAUCCUGGGAAUGGGAGCACUGUAAAUGGGUCAUGGGUGGGCACAGAGGAAGUGGAUGUUGAUGCAAUGGAAGCCCAAAGAAUUGUAAUAGCCUCGACUAUGACUGUACUAGUUGGAUUGUUCCAGUUGGCAAUGGGAAUGCUCCAUGUGGGCUUCUUGGUGCGCUACCUGUCUGAUCCACUGGUAGGAGGCUUCACCACAGCAGCUGCUUUCCAUGUGUUCAUCUCUCAACUUAAAAUGGUUGUAUCUGUUCCCACCCACAGCCACCAUGGCUUCUUCUCAAUUGCCUAUACACUCAGUGAUGUGUUUCUCAAUAUUAAGCAAACCAAUAUAGCUGACCUGGUUGCUGGUUUACUGGCCAUAAUUAUAGUGGUGGUAGUGAAAGAGGUCAACACUAAAUUCCAGCAUAGGAUUCCAGUGCCAGUCCCCAUUGAAGUGAUUGUGACAGUGAUUGCUACAGGAAUCUCAUAUGCAGUGGAUCUAAAAUCCCACUAUGGUGCCCAUAUUGUUGACAGUAUUCCAAGAGGGUUUGUUCCAGCACGCUUUCCAAAUAUAGAGCUCAUUGGGGAUAUUGUGGGCUCCAGUUUUUCUACUGCAGUGGUGGGAUAUGCAGUAUCAGUAUCAGUGGCUAAGGUCUAUGCAACAAAGCAUGAUUAUAAAAUAGAUGGUAAUCAGGAAUUGAUAGCCUUUGGAAUCAGCAAUAUUUUCUGUGGCUGUUUCUCAGGCUUUGUGGCUACCACUGCACUCUCACGUACAGCAAUACAGGAGGGCACAGGGGGCAAGACUCAGGUGGCAGGGUUGAUCUCAGCUCUGAUGAUGCUUAUAGUAAUUAUGGGCCUAGGGCCUCUACUGCAACCACUGCAGAAGUCAGUGUUGGCUGGUAUAGUCAUUGCUAACCUGAAGGGCAUGUUCAUGCAACUCACCGAUGUGCCCAUAUUGUGGAGGCAGAAUAGGACAGACUGUUAUAUUUGGGUGUUUACAUGCAUUGUCUGCAUCGUGUUGGGGUUGGAUGUGGGUUUGCUGACUGGCAUAGUGUUUGAGCUGGGAACCGUGGUGGUCAGGACACAGUUCCCUUCCUGUUCAACCCUUGGGAAUAUACCAGGCACUGACAUUUACAGGAAUAUGAAAGACUACAAAAAUAUUAAUGGGAUUGCUGGAAUAAAGAUUUUCAAAUGCAACUCACCCAUAUAUUUCGCCAACAUUGACUACUUCAAAGAGCAGAUACGAGAUACUGUGGGAUUUGAUGCUGUGCAAGUCUUCAAGAAGAGAAACAAAGCAUUAAAGAAGAUACACAAACUAGUUAAAAAGGGGAGUCUGAAAGUCACAGAGAGUGGCUUGGUGUCAAUAGACCCUCUAGGUGUGGUUAAUGAGGGGUUUGAGAGUGAGAAAGAUCCCGAGCAGGUGGAAAGUGGACCUCAGGAAGUGGAUGAUGAAACUCGAAGAGAUGUGGACGUGGAGGUGCAAGUGGACUGGACGGCUGCACUGCCAGUAAAUGUCACAGUCCCUAAAGUCAACAUCCACAGCUUGGUAUUGGACUUCACUGCAGUCUCCUUCCUGGAUGUGAUGGCCGCAAAGUCACUCAAACUGGUCAUAAAGGAAUUUAUUCGUAUUGGCGUCAACGUCUAUAUUGCCGGCUGUGAUGAUGAUACUGUCAGGAGAAUGGAGUCCCUGUGUUUCUUUGAUGAGGUGGUGACCAGAGACCUACUCUUCCUUUCUGUGCAUGAUGCCAUCCUCUUUAUCAAGCUGGAAACCUCAACUGGGACUAUAUCAGACCCAAUAGCAGAUAAGAUAUCACAGAUGCAGGAUGACAAGGCACCUCCACCGUUCACUGAAGAUGAAAACCAGAUUGAGACCUAUGACAACCAGCACCUGGUGAGCUUUUGUUAUAAUCUUAUUUCACUGUCUUCGACAAACUAUUAAUCAAAUUUCUCUCCUUCACCACAGGCUAUUCAUGAACUCUCAGUCUGAGUUUGAGCAAAUUGAUUGAGUUGUUGGACUCACUGAUAAAGAAGGUGUAUUUCUACUGACUACUGACCCAAGGUGAAGCGAUGGACUGAGGACCUUAAAUGAUCCCAGGAGAUGUGACUAGGCCAUUUCUCUGUGUAACCACACAGUACAAAGCCUUUAAUAAUGUAAGAAUGGGACACAUUUUUUAGCCACAUAGAACUUUAGUGAUUAAGAUUGUUGAAUUUGUUAAUAAAGAUUAAAUGUCAAUUGUUAAGUUGUCAUGGUAUGCUGUCCUCUGUGUGCUUUUGGAAGGUGUUGGAGAAUGAAAUGUCACCACUGUACUGUACAUAUUGUCACUGACGUUCACAGUAUUACGAAUUGCUUUCGUAAAAUUCCUGAUAUAAUAAUUUUACAUACAAAGAAUCAUUGUUUGUCCACGCUUCAUGUUAGCUACAUUUAUUUUACACUGGGGGUUCUAGUGUAUGCCAUAAAAGUAACCAGUGAGGCAGUGUUACAAGUAAGAAAACCAUUCAUUUAACUAAAUUGCCCAUUUUGUUUUAAAAGUAUAACGUAUAAAGUAUAAUUAUAUGUAUAAAUAUCCACAUAAAGUAAAGGAUGCUUGACAAAUACAUGUUUUGUACAUUAUAUCCUCUGUUUUGAUCUAGAUUAUCAGACAGAACUAGUAUAGUAGUUUUUGAACAUAUGUGGACUAAACUCUGCUACAAUAAAGCACUUGUGUUCCUUUUGA